AUGCCACAGAAGACUACCUUGUAUGUCAUUUAUAUGCCUUAUUCUUUAGAUGAAUAUAAUAUUGGCCAUUUACAUACGACUUGCUGUGUAAGUAUGAGGGAAGCUAAUGGCGGGAUGCGGGUUAGUGUGCUGGAAAACAAACCGGCAACACACGAAGUAUUGGGUGACUGCCAAUUUACAGUCAAGUUAUUAGACUUUGCCAAUAAAGUGCCGGGUAUAUUUAGAGCGGUUGCUCCGUCGGGAUCUUUGACAAUGACUGAAGUGUCCUAUAAUGCAUUCCCUAAAUGCUUAACGAUGUACACAAGUGGUGCUUUGUCGGAGAAGAAGUUUACAGCUAGAAUAGACACAAUGUUCUUCCCGGACUAUCGGCCGGCUGUAGAUCCUUUUGAGAACUUGCCUGCAGCUGAAUCUUGUGAAGUGUUAGAUCUAUUUAGGGAUGUGCAGUUGGCUGUACCAGGACCUGGAAAGGAGCUAAAGGACUUGACGGGGAAGUAUCCAGUUGGCUGGGAGCAAAAGGGCGGGAAGGUCAUGACUAUUUUCAAACGAUUGCAAGUUGACUUCCACAUGACUUUCUUGGGAAAGCGAUAUAUUGGGGACAUUGAGCGGUUUAUAAGAAAGAUCUUUAUUCAAGGACACCAAGAGGUCUUGCAACUGGAAGAUGAGUGGAAGGACAUGACUAUGGAUGAUGUUCGUAAGGAGGAAGAACGAAUUCAGAAAGAAUUAGCUGAAAAGUACCCACCUAAACAGCGUUAA